AUCUAUCGUCGUGUAACCCGCGAGGACAACUCGAUGGAAAUGCGUGUUUUGCCAUUAUUUCACGGUGGAGGCGAGAUGUCAGUAAAGCUGAAGUUUGAUUGUCCGGCUGACGGCGGCAUGGUGCAGCGGAGCCGCUCCUUCACUGGAGUAAACACACUCGGUGGCCGGAGAAGACUUUCCUCGGCUCGUAGCUCUCUCCGCACAAAAGUCGUAGCAGGGAAAUCUCCCAGAAUCCCCUCCUCGAGUCGGGUGGGCAGCAGCGUCUGGGGGCAACAGCCUGAGCAGGUGGACAGAAUCUUCCAGGCUUUGAGGAAAGGGCUCAAGGACUACUUGGAAAACCAUCAAACAGAGCUGGACUUCCUGUCAUCCCAGCAGAGAGACACAAAGAGGAACUCCAGACUGGCUUUUUUCUAUGACCUGGAAAAGGAGAUACGAGCCUUAGAGAGAUACAUACGGCGCCUUGAGUUUCAAAUUAGUAAGGUUGAAGAGCUGUAUGAGUCCUAUUGUAUCCAGUGGCGGCUCUGCCAAGGAGCUUUGAACAUGAAGAGAGCUUUCUCUCUGUCCCCGUCUUCACGACAGUCUAGAGAGAGUCUACUGGAGCUGAACCGCAACCACAGACACAGCCUGGAGGAUAUGUGUGCAAUGGAAGGAGAACUGGAAAUCCUGCUGGGCGAGCUGCAAAUCAAAAUGAAAGGGUUGAUAGGAUUUGCUCGACUCUGCCCUGGAGAUCAGUAUGAGAUAAAGCAGAAGGUAACAGAGGUCAAGGGGUUGAGCUCUAUCCUGGUCGGCAUGGUAACGUGCAGGAGUGCAGAUUUUUUCACAACGCGGCCGCAGAUGAUGGUUGUGGACAUUACAGAGCUGGGAACCAUCAAGCUACAGCUAGAGGUGGUUUGGAAUCCAUUUGAUAGCUGUGAGGUGAGACCUCUCACAGCGUCCGCCAGCCGACAGUCCAUCCACAGCAGAAAGGGAUCCGUAUAUAGCUGGACGCCUCCCAACACACCCAGUUUCACUGAGAAAUACUUUCUAUCUAUGAUGCGUCAGAUACAGGAUGCGGAUGCCUCUUUCUCCAUUGGCUCACGUGAAUCGAGGGGCGUGUCUUUACUCAGCUACCUGGCUGACUCCACCCAGGCACUCAGUCCUCCUGCCUAUGAGAAGACAAGCGACCCACCAACCAAACACCACCCUGUUCUAGACGCUAAAUUACAGGAUGACGAUCUACUGAAGACGCCAACAGAAGACGCUGAGGAGAGUGUGGAAUGGCCAUCAGAGACUGACACAGCUUCCCCCAGUCCUGCGGGCAGCAAGCGAGACUCCAUAUUCCUCUUCCACCGCUACAGCACGCCUGACAUCCUCAAGCAAAAUGGAGAGGCGACCCCCAGCACAGAGACGACGGCCCCGGAUGAGGCCCCUGAAGAGGAGGCCUUGUUCAAGCAGGGAAUUGAAGACAGACUCCUGGUGAAGGACAGCAAAGCGGGCAGAGCACAGAAGAGAGCUGUGGCUAAGAGAGUCAGUUCACUGCUAGACGAUCUGAAUACAGAGCUGGAGGAAAUGAGCAACGCAGAGACAUUAAAGAAGCUAGAUCUGCAGAUACGCCAGCUGAACGAGGUCUUGAAGAAGGACCUCGACCCUCCACAGAUGCCCUCAUCUCAGACACUAGCAGUAGAGGAAGAGGAAGUGCUGGGCAGUUUCGACUUCCUCACUGCAGAUUGUAAUGAAGAUGAAAUAUCAAAUAUGGGCAGCAUCAGACUUGGGUACACUGGGAUUGGUUCCUUUAACGAGAACACCCUGAAAAGCAUGGGUCUGUUAUCUCAGGAUAAAACCUCUCCGUCCUCAGAAGACACGGGUGAAGGAGAGGUCAGACAGAUGGGAGGCGCUGCAGUAAAGCCGUCACUCAGCACAGGGGUCUACAGUCUGGAUCAAGCUCUUGAAACCCACCUCAGUGUCUGCACAGUGCUGCUGGGGGCUCUGAAGUGUUCUGACUCCGAUCUUGUGCACAAAGACGUGAUGGAGGAGCUCUCGCGGCAAGUUGACGUGCUGGAAAAAAUCGCCACUCUGUCGCAGAGGAUGUUAGAGGAGAUCUCAGUGUCAGAAUUGUUGGCCAGAGCUCCUAAGGGGAUUGAAGUAUUUUGGAAGGAGUGCUGCAAGAGUGACUCGCCUUUCUGCUGCUCCACGGAUGGGUUUCUCAGGACACUGCGCAAACAGUACAUCCACAAAGUCAAAGCCAAACAGCCAGGCCAGGCUGAUGCAGUUUUCAGUCAGUUGCUGCAUCAGGUGCAGUGCAGCUGUAUGAUGGCGUCUGUGACUCAGCGCACUACAGACCGAGUGACUGUGUUUCAGCUGUUAGUCUACCUCAACAGAUGGAGUAUCACUGACUUUGGGGAGCACAUCUCUCUCCUCUCUAAAGAAGUGUAUCUGAUAGCCAGUCUGGAGAGUCCCAAGAGGAGGCGAGCUCUGAAAAAGCUGAAAGGCAAGCGCAUCUCUGAGCUGCAGCCGACGGGACGCACCCUCCAGCUCCUGGCCAAGCUCCAGACAGACGCCAAUCACAAGGUGGCUUCAGCGGCCACGUCCUGCCUCAGCAGGGCCUCGCGGUCCAAAUCCUUCAGGGCAAAGGCAGUGGUUCACUACACAGAUCUGCUGAGAAACAGCAACACACAUGUGCGGCAUGAGGCCUGUCUGGCUCUAAAAUGUCUAAAGGGCUCAGAGAGCGCAGAGCAGGUGGCUGAACUGUGGCGCUCCACAGAUGAAGACCUGAGGAACGCCGCACGGGAGACCGUACUUUCCUUCGGCAAGAAAGGUCACAUGGCAUUCCAGCGUAUGGACCAGAUCUAUGAGCUACAGGACGAGGCUUACAAGAACCUGGAAACAGAAAUCACAAUCUUAUAGGAAGACCACAAACCCAAUCUGUUACCUGAUUGGAUGGUGCUGAGAGACUGUGAGGUUUUGAUUGAACACAUUUUAUCUGUGUGUAAACAUAUUGCCAAG